CCCCCUCGCUGUUGAUCUCCUUUGUGAGGUGAUCACUUUGCGUCUAUAUAACAAGCUUUCUGAAGCUCGUUCCUCUGACAUGCUUCUAACAUUCAAACAUGGUCGUUUUCUCUAAACCAACUACAGUCGCAGAGUCUUCUCCGGACAUGUCGACUGUCUUCAAGACCAGUCCAAACGGUCAUGUGGUCAAGGACCUUAUAUCCGUAUAUCGAAAUAGGGCCAAGGUACACCUGCAGGAAACGAUGCCGAACAAGAUCACCCAUCUUCAAGCGAUGAUCGCGUUAGAGAGCAAUCCAGAAUCAGCUUUAUGGCCCGGUCAUGUUGAACAUUUCGAACCGAAGCAAGCACAGCCUGACCAUGAGGCCAAACACCAGAUGGUAAUGCCGGACGAUGUCGUCUCUAGCAAGCACAGCAGCAUUGAUUCAUUGGGUGACGACGUACUUGAUGAUGACCCUCGGAAUGGUGUUCGGGUUGGUCCUCAUUGGUUUGAGGUCGUCCCUCAGAACGACGUUCAGAAGCGGCUGAUUGCGCUUUCUCUCAAGUAUGGCAUUGAGCACCUACAAAUACUGACGUCGUCAGAGAGCACGAAGACCUGCAUAUGAUUGUGCAAGAUCUCAGGGUCUGGCUAGAGCUAGAGAUCCCCCUGAUUGAAGACGGCAACUCAUUUGGUGCGGAUGUGCAGAGCCACCUCCUCCGAGAACUUACGGAGGUGAGUGAGGACCCGUGUGAGGGCUCAAUAUAGUGACUGAUCGAGCAGGCAUACAAACGAUCGAAUGGAUUCCAGAAUGGCGCCAGGACUCACUACUUGGACCGGCUGAAGUUGACUCAAGAUUGGGUCAAGUAUCCUAACCUCAUGGUGCGUGAUUUCCUCGAGCAUUGGCUGAUGA